AUGUUCGACGCCUUCCAAAAAUCGAUGAACCAGGCAGAAGUUCGCAGGCACGUCGGUCAUAGAACAGUGAUAGACAAAGUCUGCCUUUUGCGGAAAGAAAUCAAGCACCUAACGGCGCUAAUCACUGCUCGAGAGAAAGAGCCUAAAUUUAGCGCAUUCCGUUGCUUAUUUAUAUUAUUGACAUGCAAUCAUCAUCUAACUGCUGCCAAAGGGAUGCUCAAAGCUUUAUUUUUAUGCCUGACUUUGCGCCGAGUUGAGUCUUUGGGCAAUUUGUUGUCAAAUACUUUCAUUGUUCUAGCUGGGUUAAGAAUUGAAAAUAAUAUUCUUGCGGAACUUUCUUAUAAGCUUCCUUCAAUUGCAGAAUUCAUAGCAUCCCCACCACUGCUUAAUAUGAAUUCGACAGCAGUCCCUUGGCAAGAUAACAUAGUCCUACUAGAUAGCAAGCGAAUAGAGGCGAGUCUACAUAAGGGCAUCUUUUGUGGCACAAAUGCGGGCCACACAUUUCUCUCCUUACCAUUGCUCGCUAUGCUCUGCCUACUGCGUCCUACAAUCGCGCAGAAUAGGUCGACGUGUCGUCUAGCACUAGCCAGAUAUGACGCAUCUGCGCCUUCCACGGGUACGCUGCGUGCUGCAGUUGUUUUCGUUGACUUUUCCGACUAUUUAGCGAAACGUGCACAACGCAAGAUCUUUACAACAACACUCCUAUUGUAUGCUAAAUACCACUUUGAUGCGAUCAAUAUAGUCGCAGAAACGGUGAAUUUCCCGGGGACUAAUGUCUUGUACGUUCUACCCGCAAAAGGUGCGAUGGGAAUUUCUUCUCGCCAACUGAGAUGGUGUCCUGUGAAAGCUACGGACGGCACCGUCAUUGGCAACGCUAAUACCAUGAGCUUGCUGGAUCUAUACCCUUAUAUGGGUGGGACGACAUGGGCAACGCCCAGAUUAUCUUGCGUAGGAAAGUGGCACCUUCGCUGGGAUGAAGAUGCCCAAGUAGACUGUGUGGAAGCUGCCGAAAACACGACGCAUAGAAUUAGUCCUGUUGAAGUUAAAGCUGGUGCGACGAAACUUGUUAUGGGAUAUAUCAGAAUGCUUGUGGGGCUGGGGCCUUGGUUUAUCAGGAUCAUGGGAAUAUUGACAGCGGGCUUGGGCCAUUUCGUUAUUGACUCGACGUCGAAUUCUGGAGGCGAAGGAGAGACGAUUACAUUGUCCAAGUCCAUCGCUGUAACACGGUCGUUCUGGCUAUUUUACGGUUCAGAUUUCGAAGCAGAGCAGUAUUUAAAUAGCGGACUAUGCCCUCAUGAUAUCGUUCGUAUUUCUAGUACUGUAGCUCAUCGCGAUUUACCUACAUAUGCUGUUUCUCUAUUCGGACAAGCACAAUUGCCGUAUCCAUUUCUCUUUAGUUUGUGGUUGGAUCAAUUGUUGGAGCAUGGUGGGCUUGGCUCAGCAUUCAGAAAGGAUGACAAUUUCUCUGGGCCACUCGUAAAGUUGCUGCGACGUAGGUUUUUGAUAGUACCAGCUCGCGAAUCAACACCCCGGUCUUUAUCCCUAGACACAAUAUACGGCAAUGAAAGGAGCAGCAGCUGGCAAUUUGCCUUGCAACUUUUAUCUUCAAUUCUCUACGUAGCUACGUCCAACUCCUCUACUGCUAGCGCACUGGGUCAAGGCGACCUAGCGCCGCAACCAAGAGUUGCCAAUAUCACCUACUGGGGGAGCGCCUGUCCCGAGGGAGGUCUCCGCGCGGUCAUCGGGCCCGUAGAUGCCACAAAAAAUAUUGCUCCGCUCACCUUUACACUUGCAAACUUUCUACCGGCGCUAGGCUCGUUUGGCUCUUCGUUGAGAAUGUGCAACAUUGUCAGCCGCAUCAUCGUCGACAAUGGUUGGAAGAUCAUGGUGAAUGCGCGAGGAACCAACGCCCAGGGAAACACGAACUUGCCAGGCAAUGCAACUAUGUUCUUGCGAAGCACGUAUUCAUUUGCUGAGAAGGCAGAGCUGCAGGUAAAUACUGAAAGUCACCAGAGCAUCGGGAUGCUCGAUGUCAAGGGCCCGCUCACUGGACAAUUUGCAAGGCGCCUCACGCCCGUAGAUGGCGAUCAAGGCAUCGUGGGACCCUGUACGGGCGGUGAGCUAGACAUUGAGUUUCAGGCACGGGCGGUGGAGGAUUCAAUUUCAAAGAUGCUGCAACAGAGGGCUCCUAACGAGACAAGCUGGACAUUGACUACCGAUAUGGACAUCUCGCGGUUGCGGGAUGCCCUUGUGAAUUCUCCUACAUGUAUCCAGGAUGGACUACAUGAAGUCGCAAAAACCCUAAGUAUAGGUCAGACUGCUUGGAUAGAUCUACGACUCCUUAAUAAAACUGUUCAUAUAUACGAAUCUCGUUGCCUGCUUCUUACAUCUUAUUGGGGCUGUUUAAACGUAGCGUCAUGCAAUGGCACAAAUUUGAUCCUCACGUCUGAUAUAUUCAGUAGUGGAAUGAACGAGUGCUAUUAUAUCUUAGGACGAGUGGAACUGAGCCUGCUUUGCAAGAGAAAAUCAAUGCGCGAGAGGCCGCUUGCUCAGCCUCACUCUCAUCUUAGCUCGACGUCACAUCUCCUACCAUACACGCAUUUUUCGUGCAAAAGACUGUUUGGAUGCAAUCCAGGAAGGGAAAAUGGUGCCGUUGUUGGAUCAGUAUUUCAGGCAAAGAACUUCAUCUACGAAAGAUGCUGUAGAUUCGCGGAGGCACCGGGCACCUCAUUCGUCGAGUUUAUCCGAAAAGGGCGCUACAUUUGCACGAUCAUCUGGCGAAAAUACCAGACUUGUCAACAAGCAAGUUUUUGGCGUUUUCGGGGUCCAAAACUUGACUUAAUUGAUUACCUAUUUGGGUUGCGCUUCUCUCUGACAGUGAACUUGACUUGCUUGUUGGCAAGUCUAGAAAAUACGGUGCUGAAGAGCGUAUCGUCGAGGAAGAUAGUAUAUUUGCUUUUCGGCUUCCGCCGAGUUAGCCCGAGAGUGACCCUUUGGGGGUGCGAUCGAAUGACCAAACGAAGCUUGAGACUGGCUCAAAAGUUGACCCUGCUCCGUUCCAAUCACCUUAACGGAUUGAUUGAACCAGAAGUCAAGUAUCCCUGGGAUUCUGAGGGUCCACAUGCAGAUACUUCCAUAAUCUUCAUGCUUCUCAUUACAUUCUAUGACGUGUUGCAACAUUUGUAG